UUGUGACCUCGCUUAUUCCGCCAUAUUGGCCUCUAAGACAAAAUGAGAAUCUUUCCCGAUCUAACCAGAAAACCUUAGAGAAUUUCCCCCUUCCCCUUUAAAAGACUUACCCCAACCUGCCAUUUAGGCAUUUCACCUCCACAUAACUUAUCCAAAUAUGCUAAGCGCGCUGAAACGCUGGACGAAGAUGGGUAACGAAGACUCUAAGCUCAGUAUGCCUUCGGGAGUAAAAGCAAUGGGCCAGGCGCUACAGAGGAAGUUCGCCCGCGGCGUGCAUUACAACAUGAAAAUUGUGAUCAAAGGAGAUAGAAACACAGGCAAGACUUGCAUGUUCCACAGACUUCACGGCAAACCAUUCAACGAGCAAUAUAUACCUACAAACGAGAUUCAGGUUGGAAGCAUUCAGUGGAGUUAUAGAGCUACUGAUGAUGUCGUGAAGGUGGACAUAUGGGAUAUUGUUGAUGUUGGUAAAAGCAAGAAGGCAAGGGAUUCACUAAAGUUUGAAAAUGAUGAAGAUGAUGAUGGCAAUGCUGUGCUGGAUGCAGGAUUUGUUGACGUGUAUAAAGGCACUCAUGGAGUUUUGAUGUUACUUGACAUAACAAAACCUUGGACGUUCACUUACGUGAGAAGAGAGCUGCCCAAAGUGCCUCCUCAUAUUCCUGUCUUAGUUCUAGCUAACAGAAGAGAUAUGGAGGAACACCGCCUUGUUGAUUCAGAAGAGAUAACAUCCUUUAUAAAUAGUUUAGAAAGGCCUGACCGGUCACCUCCAAUCCACUACGCCGAGUCCUCUAUGAAGAAUGGCUUUGGGCUUAAAUACAUCCACACUUUUUUGAGUUUCCCUUUCUUAAUGCUGCAGAGAGAAACUCUACUGCAGCAACUCCAGGUCAAUGCCGUCGAUAUGGAGUCAACUCUUGAAGAGCUUCAAAUUCACAAGGAGUCUGAGGAACAAGACUAUGACAAAUUUUUAAGCUAUCUUGAUCGCCGUAAGCGAGAGCGUGAAGAAGCCAAGGCAAAGGAGGCUGCAGCAGCUGCGGCGUCUGAGGCGGAGCUUGCAGCAGGAGGCACAAAGACCCCCAAUGCUGGUACCCCUAGCAGUGCUAGUAGCACGGCAAAGCCAGAUUCUCCUCAGGCUGCUGGUGCGGCGCCUCCUGCUUCACAAGGGGGUGGGGGUGGGGGUCUCAUGAAGCGGUGGUUCUCCACAUCGAAACCAAACGUUGCUGCCACGACUGAAGAAGUGAUCCCACGGCAGCCUUCAUCAUCGUCCGCGAACAUCGAGGAGUUUGUUCCUGGUGACAACUUAGACUCUGGCUUCCUAGACGAUAGGUCAGCUAAACAAGAUAAAACCAAUAAGACAAGGAAAGCAACAGUGGAGAAAGUUGACGUAGCGGAAACUCCAAGCGAAUCUAGCGACGAUAGUGACAGUGAUUCGAACCCAAGAAAUCCGAUGGUCGCGGGUUUUGCUGAAGACCUAUCAUCAGAUGAAGACAGACCUGCUGUGCCACCCAUCCCAAAUGGGAAUAUUAAAAACGAUACAAGCGAUAGAAUAAUGCCAAACAGAUCAAAUCCGGUCAAACCAGUUGUAGCGGACGUGGUUCUGACUUCGAGUGAAGAGGAGGAAGAGGAACCAGCUCCAGCUGUGACCCCUAUACCUAAGCGAUCCACCCCACCCUCACAUAACAAACCUGCGGCGCUAAGACUUGACACAAAAGGAGCGCAGGCAGCAUCUGCAAAGCGCGCCACAGACGAGGAUGACCUUGGCAUGGAUGACUGGCUCAAUUCGCCUGAGCUGGAACCACAGAUUCCAUUUGCGUCAGAACCACAGUAUACCGUAAGGAAAGUGGACCUGGAUAGCCCGGAGCCCCAGCAUCAACCGUCAUCAAUCUCGGUAGACGAGUGGGCCAUGUUCAUGAGUGAGCAACUCAGCACUUCAGGCAAAAAACAUUCUACGAAAGAGCCCAAAGACGACGGCAGCGACUCAGAAAAAGAAGCCAAAGUUAAAAGACACAAGGAACAUAAGAGCGGAGAGAAACCAAAGAGCAAAAGCAAACACAAAAAGUCCAAAGAUAAGGAGGAACACAAGGAGAAACGCCGGUCCAGACAUAAAGACAACGACUCGGCUAAGGAGCACCGCAAGAGCCGAGACGAAGAAGGAGACAAGAAAAAGAAAUCGAGCAAGCAUAAGCACAGUAAACGGCGCGGCACUGAGUCGGGCCCUAGUGAAGGGGUCACAUAUGAAGAGCUUUAAAAUCACCGUGAAAUCGUUACAUACAAUAUAAACAAUUCUUUGAGAACGUGAAUUGGAACUAGGAGAAUAGGUUCCAUAUAAGAACUAUGAAAAUGAAAAAGUAUUUCUAUGUAGGGAAGGUUUGGAACAGGUGAAAUGGAAUCAGGAAAUAGAUUUAUUAUUAAAGAGCAUGAAACUAUGUCGAAACAAGAAUUUGAGAAGGGAAAUGGGUUUCUGAUUUGGUUUGAUGAAACGAUAACACUGUAAAAAAGAGGUAAAAGUGAACUUGAAUCAAGUGAGGAAAGAUAGCUUGAAUCAGGAAGUAGGUUUUGUGUUAGUAACUAGGAAACCAUUACUCCAUGCAGGGGAGUAUUUAAGCCCGGAGGCGGGUAGCUUGGAAGAGAUUUUAACCCACAAUUGUAAACUGCCUUCGACAGAAACUUGAGUCAGUGGGAGCCAAAUCUCCCCUAUUUUCAUUUGGUCAAAACCACCUCUCAGCAAAACGCCGAUCCACCCCUGUUAUCUGAUUUUAACCCACAGCUGAAGUUGAUGAAAUUAGAAUAAAAACAUAAAAAAAUUA